UGGACUCCCAGAGGCUACGCCUCAAGGAAAGGGUCGGCGGCGCCACCCCACAGAACGCUGCACUUUCGGGGUUGUAGUUUCCACGUCUGCACCAAGUAAGGGGAGGACGUCUGGGCCUGCUGGGGUGUAAAGGGUGGAAGGGAGCAAACCGAGCUAAGAGGAGCAGGAUGAAGCCGAACCGCUGCUCGUGGGACCAGUGCCGGAGCCGGGACCCGGCGACAGCCAUGACCCACCCAAACCCCGUGACUCGACAGAUUAUGGCUCCCGAGGCCGGCCUCAUCCCCAGGUCACCGCCGCCGCCGCCGCCGCCGCCGCCGCCACCCGGGGACGGGCUGGGAGGCGACUGCCUGUUUCUGCCGAGCCACGAUCCCGAGCCCGCGUGGAACGCUGGCCGCCCGGGUACUCACUCACCAUCUUCGGCAGCUCUGCUAAAAGCCUCUGUGCCCGGUUACCGUCAGUCGACCCCGCCGCUCACUUCCGUUUCCAGGGGCUGCCCCCCCACAUCCGCCGGAAGUGCGUCCGUCCGGGCGAGGAAGGAAGGAGGGCGCGGGAAGCCGGAGGGAGCUGCCCGGGGCCAAGGCUCCCACGCUUGCAAUCCCGAGGGACCGCGGGCCAAGGGCGCAGUAAGGAAGCAAUGCAUGUUCACCAUAGAAGGACAACACCAAAGGCAACAAGAAUAAAAUAGGGAACACUUGAACGCGUCACCCAGAGAUAACCAGUGUGAAUGUGUUGGUGGAUAUCCUCUUGGACAUUCUUCUGUGUGACAGAAUAUAUCAUUUAUCUUUAGAAAAAAAUAGAUUGAUUGCAUUUUCUAAGUGAACUGGGAAAAUUUCUUUUGGCUUUCUUAUGACCGUGUUAUUAUUUCAUAAAAACCGUCAUUGUGGAGCCUUAGAAAACAUCCUUCCUUUAGUUCUUCAGGAAUGAGAAAUUACACGUAGGCAAUUUGUUCAACAUUUUUCAUUAUGUCAGCAUGAUCAGAUGCCAGAUCUCUGUUUGGAAUAAUUUGUGAAGGUAUGUUUUUUUGAUACUUUGCCAGGGAAAUCAUAACUCUUACAAUUCUCCAAUAACCCCAACCAUACAAUUGGAGUUAUGGAUAGAUAUCAUGUUCCAUGUUUUGUUGUUUUCUCACUGUUUCAGUAUCUGGGAUGAAUGCCAAAAGCUAUUCGGCCUCACUCCAUUUAUUAAAAGAGAGUGUCCAACUAAGUUCAUACAAUAGAGUUUAGAAAAAAAAAAGACCUUGUUUAUCAUUCUAGUUUGGUGUUUUUACAUGAGUGAGAAAGAAAGGUAUGGUUUCUAAAAUUCCUUGAUGAACUUGCCUGGUUGAAAAGGAGUAUCGUGGAUAACAGAAUUAAUUACCUGACACCUAAGCCACAAGCCGAGGUCCUUGCCUAUUCCAAACCAUCCUCCACAUGCUGCCAAAGUUGUUUGUCUUCUAAAAUUCAAAUCAAUUGCUUUCCUCCUUAAAGCCCUUCAAUAGUUCCUCUUUGCCUGCCCCACAGAAUUAAUUUAUGACUCUUCAGAAUGAAAAACAGGCUUUCUGUGAUCUGCCAACCCCACUCUGAAAUUCUUUACUCCAGACAUAUUAAAGUACUUGGAAUUCCCUGUUAAUGUUGAUUUCAUGCCCCUAUACAUUUCUUCCUGCUCCCCCCUCUUUUUGGAAUGCUCUAUCAAACCGUGUGAGGUCAAGCAUCACUUCCUCUGCAAAACCUUUCCUGACCUUCUCCACUGCCCUGCUUUCCCUACCUGGGGAAAAUAGACUGUGCCUCAUUGCUUAUGCAUGCAUAUGAGUAAUUGUAUCUCACCAACACACUGUUGUACCUCUUGUUUUCACAUGUGCUUCUCCUCGUUAGACUGUAAACUCCAUUCACCAUCUUUCUGGAGCUAUCACCUUUCAUUAAGAACAUCUUAAUAGCAUUUCAGCUAGCAGCCUGCCUGCCUCCACUCUUACCUGUUUUUGAGGUGAUUUUCCCCAUCUCCACAGUAAGUGGGCUCAUCAAACUAUGCUUCUCUGUUUGAAAAGUGUAGUGGUGGGAACUGGGUGAAAUUAGCUCCAGGACACAACUAACACUUGGGCUAAUUUAUUUGCUACGGUAGUUAUCCAUGUGCUGAGAGAUUCCCAAGAAGGACAGGGAGUGGGGAAGGAGUAUGAAUAAGUGGAGAAAUCAGGAGCUGAGAAACUAGGCAAAGAAUCAGAAUCAGGCGUAGACAGUCAUACAAGUCACAAAUCCAAAAAGAUCUAGUUAGCCAGAGUUCAACCAGGGGUGCCAGAACUUGCAUGGGUAGGGUGUGCCAGGCAGUGUCAUUAGGAGCUUCCAUGUGGUCAAGAGUUACAGUGGUCAUGAAGUAAAAAAACGCUGUCCAGUGACCAAAAAUAGUUGCAAAAUUCUGAGUUUGGAGCCAAGAGGAACAUACACUGUAGGAGAUAGAGUGAGCAGCCUUAGUCAGAAUCCAUUGCAUGAAAAGCUGAACUUUCAAAACAGUGCAGUUAUAUUUGGUGCUUUGCAAUCCCAAGUAAGUUCCUCCUUGAUCACUAUAUUUAUUAAACGGUUGUUUUCAAACGUCUUCCCCAAAUGGUAAAUGUAUUCCAAGUGGUUUAAAUUCACACUUCUGUCAACAGAAAUUUAACUUUUGUGGAUCUGCUGGGUAAGAAGUGAUAACUCAGGGCACUUUAGUUUGCGUCUCUCUGAUGACUAUUAAGAUCAUGCACUUUUUCAUGUUGACUGUUUAGAUUUGCUUUUCUGAAAAUGCCUAUUCACACAUUCCUUAUUCAUUUUUCUAUGGAAUUUUUUUUCUUUUUCCUGUAAAUUUUUGGUCACUCAUUUUAUACUAUAGAUAUUAAUCUUUUUUUAUACAUACCAGAUAUUUCUUGAAGUCUACUAUAUAAUAACAUUAUUCUUUUCUUUGUGGUAUCUUUGACAUACACAUGUUUAAAACAUUAUCUUUUCCUUUGCAACUCCCUGGUUUACUAUUUUGGUUGAGAAUGUUUCCCUACCUGUAGCGUAUAAAUUCAUUCUCUUAAAUUUUAUUCUAAAAUAUUUAUUGAUUUUUUACAUUUUCAUUUUUAAUCCAUAUCAAAUUUAACUUUGGAUAUGGAUUAAAUAGGGGUCUAAUUUUAUUUUCCUCUGGAUGGCUAUAUUAAAACCCCAUGUAUAUUAAGAUACAUUUUGGUACUCCCCAUUCUAAACAUCUAUUUAUUUUUCUAAGUAACACUAGCUAACAUGUCUCAGUGCAUAUACUACAGGCGUCAAAUACUGUCCUAGGUGCGUUACAUGCUUUACCUUAUUUAAUCCUGGCAGCAUCACUGUGGGUAAAUUCUGUCCCACAUGAACUUUAAAAUGCCCUUAUCAAAUUAAAAAGAAACCAUUGCAAUUAUGAUUAGAAUUAUAUGAAAUUUCUACAUUAAUUUUUGGAGAAUUUACAUGCUUUAUAUCUUUCAGUAACAUUUUGUAAUUUUCUUCAUAUAUCUUAAACCUAUCUUGUCCAAUUUAGCCUUAAGCAGUCUGUACUUUUAUUGCUCUUACAGGAAGAAUACAGUCAUACAUUGCUUACCGAUGGGGAUACGUUCCGAGAAAUGCAGCAUUAGGUGAUUUUGUCAUUGUGAAAAAUGUCAUUGUGUCCUUACAUAAACCUAGGUGAGAGAGCCUGCUAACUAACACCUAGGUUGUAUGGUAUAGCCUAUUGCUCCUAGGCUACAAACCUGCAUAGCAUGUUACUGUAUGGAACCCUGUAGGCCACUGUAAUACAGUGGUGUUUGCUUAUCUAAAUAUAUCUAAACGUGGAAAAGGAAGAGUAAAAAUAAAGUGUUGCAUUAUAACCUA